AUGUGGCAAAGCAUCGGUCUGACCUUGCUGGUGAUAGUGGCCACCCUGGCCUGCGUGCUGCUCUUCAUGCUGUGCGGCUGGUACGUGGUCUGGCAAUUGUUUUUGUCUAAAUUCAAAUUCCUGAGAGAAUUGAUAGGUGAUACGGGGUCCCAACAGGGAGACAACGAGACUUCAGAGACUGAAGCUGAACAGGAAACUCCACCCUCGCCUCACAGAGCAAAAUCUGCUCGACAGCGACGGGCACCUACAGAAGACACAACCUAA